AUGUCAAAUUCUGACGACGAUAACGAUAAUAUUCCAGGAACAACGGCUGUUCGGCUUCAGAUAAAUGUUUCAAAACUUGAACGAUAUCUCGUUUUGAGAAUAUCAGGCUUCAAAACUCCUUUAAAAAUUCGACAAUUUAAAAAUGGACAAAGUAAUCCUACGUAUCUCUUAAUUGAUGCUAAUAAAAAAUAUUAUGUGCUUCGGAAGAAACCUCCGGGAAACCUUUUAUCUAAAAAAGCUCAUGCUGUUGAACGAGAAUUUAAAAUACUUGAUGCGUUAGGCCGUAAUACUGAUGUACCUGUGCCAAAAGUGUACUUUCUUUGUGAGGAUGAUGAAAUAUUAGAAACUCCAUUUUAUAUAAUGGAAUACUUGAAUGGAAGGAUUUUUGGAUAUGACGAUUGGUAUUCAGCCAUUUACACCCUUGUAAAACUUCACUCGGUUGAUUACAAGUCCAUAGGACUUGAGAAUUAUGGAAAUCCAUCAGGAUUUUAUUCCCGACAAAUUCAUUCAUUGUUCAAAGUUUCAGAAGCUCAGGCUGCUACAAUUGAUGAUGAAAAUAAUAAAGUAGGCUCUCUUCCAAGACUCAAUGACAUGAUCCAAUGGUUUAAAAAUAAUGAAAUUUCGGAUGAUACGUCUAUUAUUCAUGGGGAUUUUAAGGUAGAUUAUUACUUAGAAUUUAUUAACUGGAUUGUAUUUAGAAAUUGGGAACUUUCAACUAUAGGCCAUCCACUUUCUGAUCUUGCAAACUUGUUAAUGAAUUUUUUUACUAAGGAAAUUCCUGGUUCCCCUCUAAUUGGUUUACGUGAUGUUAAAAAUUUACCAAUUCCAUCAACUGAGUUAAUUCAAGCUUAUUGUGAAAAAUCUGGCCGACAGUAUCCAAUACCGCGUUUUGAAUUUGCUAUUGCGUUUUCAUUUUUUCGGACUGCUGUUAUUUUACAGGGAAUUGCCGCACGUAUAGCCCGUAAACAAGCUAGUUCUGCUAAAGCACAUACUUAUGCUAAACUUUUUAAAAAUGUUGCUUUAAUGGGUCUCGAAAUUAUUGAUCAGUCUGCUGUCAAGAGCAAAGUAUAA